AUGGAGACGUCGCUACGAGACAAAGUAGCUAUAGUAAGCGGUUCCUCCUCUGGCAUUGGAGCGGCUAUUGUGCGCGAGCUGGCCUCUCGCGGUGCCAAUACAGUGGUCAACUAUCCCUUCCCCAGUCUCAAAGCUGAAGCAGACACGUUGGUAGCCUCUCUUCCCUCGCCUGCAAUUGCCGUAGAGGCAGACAUGUCCCGCGCAGACGCGCCUCAGAAGCUAGUUGACGCCGCCGUCUCCCAAUGGGGUCGGAUUGAUAUUGUCGUCAACUCCGUUGCGCUGGCAGUCAACAAGCCCUUCGAAGAGCAGACGCUGGAGGACUGGGAUUUGCUGGUGAACAUCAACGGACGGGGAACGUUUCUCCUGACGCAGGCGAGCCUAAAACAUCUGACCAAGGGUUCCGGUCGGAUCGUCAACAUUGCAAGUAUUUCGGCGCGUGGGCCUCCGCCGAACCAGACAAUCUACGCGGGGACCAAGGGGAUGGUCGACUCCUUUACCAAGUGCUGGGCCAAAGAACUCCCUCCCAAGUAUGGCUGUACCGUCAAUGCCGUCAGUCCCGGUCCAACAAUGACCGAGGGUUUCGCUGCUGCCGGCCAGGAGCAGAUGAAGAUCCUUCAACCAAUCAUUGAUCAGACUCCUGUUGGGCCUCGGAUGGCUCAGCCAGAUGAGAUUGCCUACGCUGUGGCCUUUUUAUGUGAGGAACGUGCGCGAUGGAUUAAUGGUGCACAUCUGAUUGCAUCUGGGGGCUUGUUCAUUGAUUAG